GGAAGUUUAGCAGUCACACGUGUAGGCAGUCAGCAGUGAAAGCAUUACUUCGGAUGCUGUCAGGUGAAACUCCUUUAUGAACCUACUAUGGCAUCAAGACUUCAUCAGAAAAGUGUUCACAAGAGGAACCCGAAUCAGUGCAAGCUGGCAGGAGUCACAUUGCUGAGUCCCCUGGGUGAGAUCCAGGUAACUGGAUGUGAAAAUGGUGUGCACUACAUACAGCUGCAAGAGGACGCUAUACCUGCAGAAAGGACUGGUGUGGCCUCAUUUGCUUGUGUGGUAUGCAAGGGCCAGGAGGACAUGACAGCCCCAUUGAAAGAGUGUACUGACUGGCUCCAUGCCUAUUUCUGCGAGCCUGGGACAACAGAAAAGCUUCCAUUCCCUGCCUUUCACCACCCCAUUUUUUACGAAGCUACAUUCACCAGCCGAGUGUUACAGACCCUGCUGAGGGAUGUGAAAUUUGGAGAAACAGUCUCUUACAAGCACUUAGCAGAAAUGGCAGGCAAUUCAAAAGCAGUGCGGGCUGUGGGAGGAGCGAUGAGAAAGAAUCCUUUGCCUCUUAUCGUUCCUUGCCACAGAGUGAUCUGUAACAAUGGAAACAUUGGUAACUAUAUUGGAGGGAAAGGGAAUCAUCUGAAACAAUGGCUCCUGACACAUGAGAAGCUCUUGCAAGGAAAAAAAAACUGAAGCAUCUUUAUGCAGCUAACCCUCACAGCUGUAGCUCAGUUGAACAUAUUACUAAACAUACUUGAAAUAUAACAAGUUUCUGAACAUGCUUCCGCAUUCAGGAAACCUGUAAAUAUUUGAGUGACAUAAAAAACAUAAUACAACGUCAGAAGUGAAAUAUGUGGUGGCACUACUAUAUUAAAAAAAGCCAGCUAUAUCCUGAGGGACAGCGCUUAUAUGCCCUUUCUUGUUUUUACAUUUUACAGUAGAAUGAGUGCAGCAGACUGAGCCUGUUGUGUGCAUUUUGUUCCUGUCUCCAUCCCUGUUUUGUUCUAUUUUUAAUGCCCAAGAAGGCAAGGAUAAGGGAGGGAGGGGGGAGAGAGGAGGGGCAUGGCAAAUAUUAAACACAACUACCCCUUUAAGGAAGCAUCUGGUUUGCAGAGAGGACAGCCGGCAAUCUGGGGCUUUGCACGUUACUGGGAGCAAAAUGAAAUUGAAAAGCUUCAGCAACACCCCCCCCCCCCCUUUUUUUUUGAUUCCUGUCUUGCUUUUUUAUUUGCCCAGAUUGUAAAGCUGUACCUCAGCCAAAACUGUGCCCAAGGUUCUACCAUGUUCUUUGAAGUUCCAACUGAUGAAAUGUUGUUUUACAUGUCUGAACAUGUGCUAAUGGAUCCACUAACAA